AAUCUCGUAGCAUGUUUGGUGCAGAACAUUCCUGUAGCUUUCUUCUCGACGCACAUCAAAGGAAGAAACGACCACAUCAAGAUUGCGAAACUGAGAACAGAUGCGUCUGAUAAAACUUGGAAAGUGAAGAUGGACGGCUCGAAGUUCACUGAUGGAUGGGAAGAUUUUGCAGUUGCUCAUGAUCUCAGAGUUGGUGACAUAACCGUUUUCAGACAUGAAGGAGAAAUGGUGUUUCAUGUCACAGCUUUGGGACCAAGUUUCUGUGAGAUUCAGUAUACAUCAUCCCACAACAUCAAUGACGAUACUCAUGAUCAGACCAACAAUAUUGGUAUACUUUUUUUCAAGAGAGAAGAGGAAAAGAGUGAAGAAGAAUCCGAAACCACUGGUGAAUACAAAACUUUGGUUUAUUCCUUUAUUUGUAUAUUUAUAUGCAUUGUGUGUUUGACUCUUGUGUAUAACGUUGGCGUUUUACAGUAUCUUGGGAGGGAGUUUGUGACUUCAAAUGGUCUAAACAAAGGAUGCAGUGAGAUAGUUUUAAAGAAUGAAGGUGGAGGAAGAUGGACUUUACCUUUGAAACAUUACAAAUCAAUCAACCAUACUUAUCUAGGACCAGGCUGGACCACAUUCUGUCAAGUAAACGGGAUCAAAGCUGAAGAUGCCUUCAUGUUUAAACUGGUUAGAACCGGGGAGAAGCCUGUUCUUUGUUUGUGCCCUGAAGAAUCAUCCCACCGUGACAAAACGCCAGUAGAGUGUCUAGAAGAUAGUGAUGAUGUGAAUCCUCUCUCCUCUAGUAGCAAGUCCAAAGAAAGUAAAGAGGAGAGUCUUGGAGACAAGAGAGCUUCAUCUUCAUAUAGUGAAGACCGAUUUUUGACAUUAACUCUUACACAAAAAGCUGUUAAACGCUAUCAACUGGUGAAGAUCAUAAACAAGUCUGCUUUAAGGUUGUCCGUUAUACUUGUUAUAUUUAGUGCUAAAAUCAAAUCUUUGUGCAGUUUCUUCCGAUGGGUUUCGCGAAGAGGAAUGGCAUCAACAAGCCAGGGAAGAACCAUUCCUGUAGCUUUCUUCUUGAAGCACGUCCAAGGAAGAAACGACCAUAUCAAAAUUGCCAAACUUACAACAGCUGCGUCCGACAAGACUUGGACAGUGAAGAUGGACGGCUUCAAACUCACCCAUGGAUGGGAAGACUUUGCAGUCGCGCAUGAUCUCAGAGUUGGUGACAUGAUCGUUUUCAGACAUGAAGGAGAACUAGCGUUUCACGUCACAAUAAUGGGACCAAGUUGCUGCGAGAUUCAGUAUACUCACAACAUCAAUCAUAAUCAUACCAACAACAUCAUUGAGUCUUCUUCAUCAGAUAAUUCUCUUUUUGUAGCAAAAGUCUCAGCCUCGAAUCUAAGAUUAGAUCGACUGUAUUUGCCAAUGAGCUUUGCGAGGACAAACGGUUUGGACAAAAUGAGCGGUGAGCAGAUCAUUCUUCUUAACGGAGAAGGAAGAUCAUGGAGUUUAAAAUUGAAACACGACAAGUCAGACAUGCAUACUUUUGUCAGACCUGGUUGGAGAAGAUUCUGCGCUGAAAAUGGGAUGAGCCAUGGUCACUAUACAUUGAAACUCAUCCGAAACUCUGGACCACCGGUUAUUAAGUUGUGCGGCCAAGUGCAUAAUCGACCAAAACCAGUUCCAGUAGUAUCUUCAUUACACCAUUCUUGUUUUGUGGGAUCUGUCACUUCUAAUAGCCUCAAAACUGAUAAACUGUAUCUUGGGAAGAAGUUUGUGAUAGAAAAUGGUUUAGAUAGAGGAUGCAGUGAGAUGGUUUUGAAGAAUGAAUGGGGAGGAAGAUGGAGUUUAGCUUUGAGAUUCUAUGAAUCAGCCUACCAGACUUAUCUUGGACCAGGCUGGAGAACUUUCUGUCAAGUAAACGAGAUCAAAGUUGGAGAUUCCUUCAAGUUUAAACUGGUUGGAACAGGGGACAAUCCUGUUCUCUUGUUGUGCACUAGAAAAAUGCCACUAGAAUGUCCCGGAGAGAAUAGUGGUUCAGAUACUAGCAGCGGAGAUGAUAGUAGCGAACCCCAAGAAAGUGAAGAGGAGAGUCUUGGAGACAAGAACAUCUCACAGGAGUGCGUUAAGAUGGAGAAAAAUGAAGAAUUUGUAGAGAUGCAGAACACCAAACGAAGGUCUCUCUGAGUGGAAGAAGCUUGCUCAGCAGCGUAUUUUCUUGCUAUCCGUCAACUUUCUUUUAGCUGAAUAACUUAGAUUGGCAGCAGUGUGUUGACUGCAUUUCUCUUGUUGUUUCAAUCUAGUGUCUACUCAUGUAGAAAGGGCUGCCUUUGAAUAUUUAGAAGUUUCUAAUUUCUUAACUGAAUAAUCUUUUGCCCCAUCAAGACAUUGAUGUACUAUGACUUUUGAGUAUAUGUCAGAUUGUCAAAUAAGGAGUGGGGUGUGUGUGUUGAGACUUGAGAGCAUUUGAGUUGAUUGUUGAUUAGUGAGACCACGGAGUGGAUUUAACUU